GCGUGAGAGGAUCUCUGCACUAGUCUUUCCCGGAGCUGAUGAAAUGAUGGACACCAGUCUGCAGAAAGCCGUUUGUAUGGAGACGAUUUUUGAUUGAGAAGUCGCGAAGUCUGACGACAUAUUUAUAGAAAUACUGCAGAGGGAUGGGUCUCAACCACUUCUUCUUUUUGCUGCUCUGUGCAGCUGCCCUGACAGCCUCAACAGUUUUUGGUAAAGACAAGAGCCCCGAGGCACUCAGAUGGACUAAGCAGAGCCUCCCAGUGCUGCAGGACACACACACCGAGCUUUUAAGCCCUCCUCAUUUCAGUGAGCAGGAGGAGGACGAGAAGAAAGGAGGAGCAGGGACGCUCUGUGGAAUAGAGUGUCAAAGCAAAAGAUCACCUGUGGACCAGACCGAGCAAGAAAGGAUUCUGGGAUAUGAGACGAUGUAUGAGAAUGGCACUCGCAUGCACACUGAUAUCACAUUGAAGGGUUUUAACCAAACAUCUGCAGGGAAACCAGCUCGUCCACUAGGUCGUACCCGCAGGAAACGGCAGGUUUACGGAGCAGAUGGACGCUUUGUCAUCUCUGACUCUCACUUCAUCACAAACUAUCCUUUCUCCACAGCUGUCCGUCUCUCCACAGGCUGCUCCGGUGUCCUGAUAUCACCGAAGCAUGUAUUAACAGCGGCCCACUGCAUCCACGAUGGGAGGGACUACCUAGAAGGUGUUAGAAAGCUGAGGGUUGGGGUGCUGCAGCUCAAAACCAAGAGAAAAAGAGGAGGUAGAAGGAGAGGAGGGCGGCGCAGGAAUGGGAGGAAAGGAGAAAGAGAGGAGCAAGUAAUAGAGGAAGAUGAAGAGCUGAAUAGCAUAGAUGGAAAUGUAGGAAGAGAUAGAAAUGGAAGCAAGGGGAGGAGGCGUAGAGGAAGAAAAGAGGGUGAGGAAGGGGUCGUUGAUCAGGAAAUUGUAGGUGAGCUAGCAGGAGGAAGACAGAGGAAAAUGAAAAGUCUAAGCCGUGAACGACGUGGCGCUGAAAACAGGAAGCAGCAGCCUGUCUUUCGUUGGACACGGGUUAAACAAACAAAUAUCCCUCAAGGAUGGAUCCUAUCAAAAACUUCUCCUAAUUCAGUGUCCUCUGACUACAAUUACGCACUUCUGGAGCUGAAACGACCCCUCAAACAGAAGUACAUGCAGCUUGGGGUGGCGCCUGCUGCAGCCCCGCUCACUCGCAUCCACUUCUCAGGCUACGACACCGACAAGAGCCUGCAGGAUGGACUGGGAGACGAGAAGGUGGUGUACCGCUUUUGUUCAGUGUCAAACGAGUCAGAUGAUUUGAUUUAUCAGCACUGUGAUGCUCAGGAGGGUGCCACGGGGGCAGGUGUUUACAUUCGUCUGAGGCAGGAAGUCGGGGACACAGGGAGGAAAGGGAAGUGGCAGCGGAGGGUGAUUGGGGUGUUUUCAGGCCAUCAGUGGGUAGAGGUGGAAGGAGGUGGGCAGAGAGACUUUAAUGUUGCAGUGAGGAUUACUCCAGCCAAAUAUGCCCAGAUCUGCCACUGGAUCCAUGGAGAUCCAAGUCUCUGUAAAAAGGUGUGACUACAGAGUGAUGGAUCUACAAGAGAAAAAAGAGACUGAAAGCCUCAGGCCCAUGUGUUUGAGACUGUAAUGAUAAGUAAUCUGGAGAAUGUUUCUAGACUUUCACUCAUGAGCUGAUAUUUCUUUUAAUUUAAGAGUAAGACAAAGAAUCUAAAGUAGCUUUUAGCAAUAAAGCUAACUCAAAUGUUGCAAACUUGGGUGUCAUGACUUCCAAAAACUCUCUUUUUCAAAGCCUCAGACAUCCGGUGGCACGCCUCCAGUCAAAAGUUGUGCUGUUUAUUAGGCCUGCAAUCCAAUCAUAUUAGAAAAGCUUCAUUGUUUUCUCUUAUAGAAGAUAAUUUUUUACAGCUUUACAGCUAUACAUAUUUUAAAUACCAGGGUUGAAGAGGGAUACAAUGGAAGCCCUAAGUCAGGGUUGUCCAAACUUUUAUUUUCACUGAGGGCCACACAAAAAAAUCUUUGGACCACUUUGACAUACCUCACCUUUAGCAUAAUAAAGCUGGUAAAACCAAUCCAAAUCAGGUUUAAAUGUGCUUGGUGAUUAUAUAGUAUAUUUUAUAAAACAGUAAUAGCUGACAAGUAGGAUUUUGGGGUGGCUAAUCAGAUUUUAGGGGGCCCUGGUUGCCCUAAGCUACCGCUGGAGUCAUCCCUGAUCAGGAUGGAGGCUAUGUGCAGCAGAGAGAGGAGGCACUGAUGGCUGUCUCCACAAUCAGACACAAAAAGCACAAACUUUAUGAAGCUGCCAUACUUUUUUAGAGUGUUGAUGUUUGAAGAUUAAUAGCCUCAUAUACUUUAUCAGUCACACCAUGAGACCACAGAACAAAUUAACGGGAUUUGUAUUUACUGUCAUAAUUCUUUUGUCUAUUCACCAGGGCUUUAUGAAUCAAGAUAUAACUAGAUAUGCUUAUUAUUUAUGUUGUUUUUCCAUCUUAGUCAUGAAAAAGCAUGUCAGCAGAGUUAACACAGCAGCACUGCCUAGUAGCAAAAAUAAGAAGCUCAGUGUAAUAUAACACAAGCUUCAUGUUCUAAAUCAGACCAUUUUUAUUUCACUUUUAGAAUUUCAUUGAGAAUUUGCUGCAGGCUAACUAAAAUGAACCAGAGGUCACAUUUGGCCAUAGUUUGGACAUCCCUAUCCUAAGUGGGCAUGGAGCCUUACAUUAUUUUACUUGAGCAAAUGUCUGAAAAUAGUGGAAACACUUUCUUUUAGUUGGCCUUAAUUACCUUAUAAUUACCUGGUAAAUUUAUAGUAAUAAUUAUAAUUGAGUAUUUACCUAGUAAUAAUGUAUUAAUGAUCAAGUAAUUCCUCACAUUAUUGUGGCAGUUCCCCAGUAAUUUGGUUUUAUUUUAACAAGUAAUUUUUUAAAAAUAAGAUGAUUGUUUUUCUUUAUACAUUUCUUGAUAAUUUCCAGGUACGUCCUUCCUUUUUGACCCACUAAGUUAAAGCCAGACCUUCCUGAAUCAUUUUCAAGAAACUUUUAGGUAAUCUCUAAAAACCUUAAUUCAUUAUAAGUUUUAGGUAAUUAAUACAUAUCAGCCCACUAAAUUAAAUUGAGUCCCCCAUAAUUCUCAAGUAAUUUCUAUGUAAUUUUAAAAAUGGGCUUGUGUCAAGUGUGUUUUUUCAAUUACUUAGGAGUUACUUGGGAAUUAUAAAAGAUAGGCUCACUUUAAUUUUUGGGAUUAUAUGUAGAAAUUAUCGAAGAAUAUGCGCGAAUUACAAUUUAAGUUCUAAAGAAAUUAUCAACUACCAGGGGAUUUUUAAGCAACUUAUACACAAAAACUAUCGUCUUGUCUCUAAGAAAUUACUUGGUAAAACACCACCUAUCUACCAGAGAAUUGCCUCAGUAAUAUGAGGGAUUAUUACAUGAUUAAUACAUUAUUACUCUGUAAAUACUUCCUUAAUUUUGGUAAUAUUUCCAUGUUACUUUCUGUGUUAUUUCUAGGUAAUUACCACCUUAUUCUUGAGCAAUUACUCUAUAAUUAUAAUUGUUACUCUUAGAUUACUAAGUAUUAGUCUAAACUGACUAGAUAAUUACUAAUUUAUUAGGGCCCUCUAAAAUAAAGAGUUACCAAAAUAGCUCAUCUCUGGAGAAUACACUUUCUUAUUCUGAGUGUUGCAGAUGUCUGUGGUUCUUGAUCUAUGGCAUUUUCCACAGUUAUUCCAUUUAUUGAGAGUCCAUAGAAAACCAUGUGCAGGAGGUAGUUGUAAAUUACAAAAAAUGUUCUCAAAACGAAGCAGAGUAUUUGGAUUUGACAUUAGCUGGACUUUUAUAUUUAUUUCAUAACACCAUGUUUGUUUUGUACUUCUGACACACAUAGUAAUUCAUCCACACCUGAUAAUGUAGAAAUGUAAGGAAAAUAAGAAGUGUCCUCCUGUGUCACACACAGUACAUCCAAUUGUGUUCACUUUUGUCUGAAGACAUACAUGAGUAAAGCCAGCGAUGGCUUUACUCAUGUAUGUUAAAGUAAAUCAUCUGUAUGCGUUUUCUGAAAUCAGUAAUGUCAUUGCAGUACAUGUCUGUUAUUGAAAGAUUUUCAUGCUACAAACAUGUUUUCUUGUUCAUGCUGAC